AUGGAUUUCCGGUGGAUCAAUAUCAUUAUUCAAUUGAAGAUGUUCACAUGUUUUCGGAUGGUGAUGUUUGAAGAGUAUAUGACGUUUAAUAUCCCAAAUAUUACAUCUGAUGCAAUGACGAGAGCAAAAGAUGAACAAUUUGCAGAGUGGUGUAAAAACUACAUUAACGAUGCUAGUGAGUCAUAA